GGAAAACCUAUUCUUCCUGGUCGUUCUGAUCAGGACCAGUUAGAUCAAAUAUAUAAAUUAUGUGGAACACCCACUGAUACAACUUGGGAAGGUUAUAGUACUUUAGCAAACGAACGAGAAGUAGCCAACAGAAAUGAAGAUGAAUCUACCAGAGGCAGUAGUUCAACUCAAGAUAGUCAUCGCCAAAAUAAAAAAGAUCGUAGAUCUAGAAAGAGAAGUAGUCGAACCCCGGAUACCUCUCAUUCUAAAAAA